AAGGUUUCUUCCAAUAAGGAUUCCAUUGUCGUCUUUCGACGAAACUUCAAAUUUUUUUUUUCCCCUAAUUGUAACAAAAAUUACUCUUUCCUUCGCCUGCAAGAUCCAUUCUUUUCAUUCUCUAUCUUCCACAUAUAUUAUUUUAAUUCUAAUCUCUUAAUCAUCAAUUUCAUUUUUGUACAAAGCACAAUUCGAAAGUGAUUCCCUUUCUUAUAAUAUAUCAGAUAGGUAGAAUUACAGUUAGUAAUUAGAGUCUUCAUCUUCAUCGUUGAUUAAUCCCUGCAGAAACUAUGUCUUCUAUGUUGCAUAGAAGCUUCAAGCCUGCAAAGUGCAAAACUGCAUUGAAGCUUGCGGUUUCGAGGAUAAAGCUUCUGAAGAAUAAGAGAGAAGCGCAAGUUAGGCAGCUUAAGAGGGAACUAGCUCAGUUGCUUGAGUCUGGUCAAGAUCAAACUGCUAGAAUAAGGGUUGAACAUGUUGUCAGGGAAGAGAAGACGAUGGCAGCUUAUGAUCUUAUUGAGAUAUACUGUGAACUUAUUGCUGCACGCUUGCCAAUGAUCGAGUCACAAAAAAACUGUCCCAUCGAUUUAAAGGAAGCAAUUUCAAGUGUAAUAUUUGCAUGUCCAAGAUGUGCAGACUUACCUGAGCUCGUAGAUGUGCGGAAGCAUCUUACAGUGAAGUAUGGGAAAGAAUUUGCAUCGGCAGCUGUUGAAUUACGCCCUGACUGUGGUGUAAAUCGCUUGUUGGUUGAGAAAUUGUCUGCCAAAGCACCCGAUGGUCCAACCAAAAUAAAAAUACUGUCUGCAAUUGCUGAAGAACAUAAUAUCAAAUGGGAACCCAAGUCAUUUGGAGAAAAUGAUGUAAAGCCUUCUCAAGACUUGUUGGCUGGGCCAAACACUUUUGAGAAGGCAACUUAUGCAGAACCUUCUCAAGUCCAUGUUCCAGCAGCUGUUCGUGAUGAAAAGGGUCCUCCUAUCGUACAGGCUUCCUCACAAUUUAAACCAGUAUAUGAUAGACCAACAGGUUUGGAUGCACAGAAUACAAGUGAUGCUACUAGAAAGGACACUGGAAAUCAGUCGAGACCAUCAGGCAUGUCUGAUCCCAAAAUUAUGCCUUCAGGAACUGGAAAUCAAGAAAUGCAUUAUAGAGAUUCAUAUUCUGAAAACAGGAGUGCUUUUCCUACUGUAAAGCAGAAUUGGAAUAUGGAAUUUAAGGAUGCUGCCUCUGCUGCACAGGCAGCAGCAGAAUCUGCGGAGCGUGCAAGCAUGGCUGCAAGAGCAGCUGCGGAACUUUCAAGUCGUGAAAAUGUAGCAAGGCAGCAUUCAAGUGAAUCACAUAGUUCUCCCAGAAGCCAGCUAAGAGAUGAAGUACCUCAAGAAUAUUCUUUUAAUGAUGACAAACACCUUUCUACAGGUUCUGCGUAUACCACCUUCCAUAGAGGCAGUUCUGGGAUGAACAAUGAAAAAAUUAAUACAAGAGAGCAAAAUAACUCGGUAGGAAUGCGCAAUGAAUAUUACAGGAAUAAUCAAGAGAAUGUAACGAAACAUGUGCAGUCUGCAUCAUUGACAUCUGCUAGUGCUUUUGAUGAUGAACACCUUUCUACAAACUCUGCUUAUAGCACCUUCCAUAGAAGCAGUUCUGGCAUGAAAAAUGAAAAAAAUAGUGCCAGAGAUCAAGAUAACAUGGGAGGAGCUCCCAAUGAAUAUUACAGGAAUAGUCAAGAGAAUGCAAUGAAACAUGUGCAGUCCGCAUCAUUGUCAUCUGCUAGUGCUUUUGAUGAUAAUCCAUUUGCUAGCAGGUCUCAAAUGGCUGACAUAAAUCAGCAUCACUCAUUUGAGCAAGGGAGCAGUGACUUCCGUGAUGUGAGAACAAAAAGGCAGGAAAGCAGAACUGAAGCAGAUUUUGUAACUAAACUGCAUGGUGAUAGUGAUUUGAAGACUGAAGACAAUUAUGAUUUUGGUGAUGCAAGUACAGAUAGAAAAUCUAGACAAGCUUCCUCUUCUCACCUCAUUUCUCCGAGUGAUGAUCGCCAUGAUAGUUUGAAUCUGAGUGGCUGGGGAAGGGUCAGUAAAGAUGUGGAAGAUCGGUUUGUCACUGGUGAAGGGAACACCAUGGAAACAAGUUCUUAUAAAGAUACUUCCGUUGUAUUUGAUAAUUAUGGAUCAGAGGAUGAUGAUUAUAAAUUUGAGUUUGAUGAAAAACCCAAUACAGUAUUCUUCCCAUCUCCGGAUAGCAAGUCACAUACUGAUUCAUUAGAAAAGAGAAAUUCUUGGAGCCAUGGACAAGAUAUUAAUGAGGAAGUGCCAAUUUAUAGUUCACAGUCACACUUAUCUACGUUUUCUGAAGGAUUGACUAAGUCUGCAGUUUCUUCUGAAAAAGAAGACAUGUUGCCUGUCACUUUUGAUGAUUACGAUGACUCGGGUUCAGAUAGUGAGGUGAAUUUAGUCAAUUCUAAGGUUCCCGGGAAUUUCGGUUAUGUAAAUUCUGGUGUUGAUCACAGUACAAAGCUUGGGGCUUUAGGGUCUUCAUCAAGAACUGAUAAGACUGCAGGUUCUGACAGAAAUCCUAGGUUAUUAUCACCAUCUUCAUUUGGUUCGGAUACUCUGGAAGAGCAUUUUGAGAGAAAGGCGGAUAUUGCUAGUGUUUCAGGGAAGAACUUUGGCAACAAUGACUCACCAACCAGUCAGCCAUCUUCAAGGGAAAGAAGCUCUGUAUUGGAUUCGGAUCUUAAGGCAAAUAUCCAUGCAUCACAGUCACCAAACACUUCCAUUGAUACUGAAAGUUUUCAGGAAUCUGAAAUAGGAAGUGCCAGGGAAUUAAACUAUGGAACAUUGAGGGGUGGUUUUCGCAACAAGGGUUAUAGUCGACCACCUUAUGUUAAGGGUACAUUGAAUAGGGUUCAAUCUCCACCAGAUGACAUGUCGAUCCGGAAUGAAAGAUCUUUGCCUACUGCAAGGACUUUAGUCAGUUCGGAUUCAAGGGAAGCGAGCACUGGAAACAGAAGUGUGGGUUUGAGAACACAGAGCACUUUUUCUGAGUCUGAUAACUUUGAACUGUCUUCAAACUCGCAGCAGCCUCUGACUAGUACUUACGAACCUCGUAUUCGGAUGGGGCAGAGUGAGACAAAAAAGAAAUCAAAGACAUACUUUGAUUCUGAUGAUAGUAGUUCUGAGGAUGAACAGCCUAAACAAAAUUUAGCUAGUUCUGCUCGUCCUGGUAGCGGAGCAUCACGAAGAACAUCUGUUCCCUCGAAAACUGCGACUACUCGUACAAAACUUGGAUGGAAAUCUACUAGAGCUUCUCAGGAGAGUGAAAAUGAAGAGGCCUCAUCCAUGAAUAGCUCCGAAAAUCGAGCAAGUUCUGAGCCUAGAUCAUCCACCAGUGUGCAACCUUCAAGUUCUCUUCCUAAGAAAGUGAUGCAAGAUUAUGGUGAGGAGCAAGAGGCUUCAAAAGGUGGAAGUUCUGAAGCAGAUAGUAAGGAGAAGGCUGGUCAUGUUCAUCCAAAGCUACCUGACUAUGACUCCUUUGCUGCUCAUUUCAUGUCUCUUAGAAAGGGUCGCCAAUAAAUUUUGUUUGCUUUGCAUAUUAGUUGCGUAGCCACACUCAGUAUAUACUAUAUAGUACUCCUUAGUGGUUCAUCAUUCUUUUUACAGCUUGUACUGGUAUUGGUAUACAUAGAUGCGUGAGUUUAAUAUUCAAAUUACUUGAGGAACAUAGAUGUCACAUGGUAUUUUUGUUGUAUAAAUUGAGUCACAGAAUUCAUCAAAUAUUCUUACGAACCAGCCCUGAAAAUACAAGAAAAAUUCAUAUUUCAUAAGCG